AUGGAGUCUCGAUGGCGGCGGAUGUUUAGCCGCAGCCCACCACUGACCUCCCCCCAUCGCUUCCCCUCCCCGGCCAACACGCCGCAGCCCGCUGUCGCUGCCCAGCCCUCCUCAGCAGACCUCCAGGCGCGGUUCCGGAACCAGGCGUACGAUGAGCCCAAGGCGGACGAACCCAAGAUAGUCACAGCAUACGAGAAGUUUCUAUCGACCGCAAACGAGAUCGAGCCGGAGCAGAGAUGGCACCUGAUGGAGCGCCUCGUCCGGACAGUCAGCAUCGUGAGGGGACUAGUGGGCAAGGCGGUCCAGACCUCCCCGGAAGCUGCCAUUGCCUGGGUCGGCGUCAGCUCCGCCCUGGAGGGCCUUUCCUACGUCGUGUCGAGGAUGGACUGGCACUGGAACCUGGUGGACCUCUUCCUCGACGAGCGUGCCGGACCGGCCUUCAACGGAUUACGAGGCCAGCUCGGGACGCGCAUCGUUUAG